AUGGAGCUGUCGCAGCAAUACGGCAACAUGCUUGGUGGAUUCGCACUGAACGUGACUGGGCCCUGUCUUCGCCCGACAGACGUCAUCAAAAUGCAGUUUGACGAAAUUACGGUGGAUUGCGAAAGGGUCGAUAUGGUUAUGGCUCGUUGCGUGAUUCCGACCAAUAGCGUCUUCAGAAUUGGCUUUGUGGACGUGAAGUUAUCGGUGGACGCUGGAAAGAACUACCCGUGGCACACCAAAUUUUACAUAAUACAACCUGGUCUGGCACGGCGGCGAGUGAACUUGAUCAACGAUCCCAGAGAGCCGAUGAACAACUGGAACUUCUAUGAUCCACAGAAUUUGACGUUGUCCUGGGAAUGGGAGAACAUUACUGCAAACACAAACACAGCCGUCGACAUCGCACUUUGGGGCUACUGGGAGGAUACCGAGGGACAUUCUUUCAAGCAGAUCGGUUAUAUAGCGAAGAGGCACCCCAAUACCGGAGUUCUCUCGUUUUCGCCCCGUAAUUUGGAGGUUGACCUCGAAGGAGAUCUCGAUGCAUGGCGAUUUUUCCAAGGAGGAGUUAUUCAGGUGCGAGCGUCGGACACAUGGUUGGAAGACCGCGGAGACAGGAUGCACUGGUCGAUGCCGGUUCCCUUUGGAUGGUUUUUCUACCGAAAAUGGGAAUACGAGUAUGGCCGGGACUGGGCCUUGCAGAUGUGUCAGCACUGGUUCGACUACGACGGUAGACGGGAGAACUUCGUAAUGGAACUCGAACCUAAG